CAUUGGAUAAAAAAUGAAUACGCAUACUUGUACACUUGACAGAUAUUAAAAUUUUUUUUUUUUCUUUCUUUCUCUUUUUAAAUAAUAAUAGUAAUAUGCUUCCACUUUCACUUUUAUAUACAGCUGCAGGUCAUCCUAUGCUUGUUGAACUCAAGAGUGGUGAGACAUUUAAUGGACAUUUAGUUAAUUGUGACAACUGGAUGAAUCUGACACUUCGUGAAGUGAUUCAAACUUCACCUGAUGGAGACAAGUUUUGGCGUUUACCAGAAUGUUAUAUCAGAGGCAACACAAUCAAAUACUUGAAUGUACCUGAAGAGAUUGUUGAUAUGGUUAAAGAAGAAGAAAGCAAGCAAAGACAUAAUGCAGGUCGCGGUGGACGUGGACGCGGUAAUAAUGGAUCUUAUAAUAACAGAGGCAACAGAGGACGUGGACAAAAUCGUAAUACAAAUGGCCGUGGUGGCAUAGUUAUUGGUGCUCGUGGUGGACAACAAUAAAGAAAAAGAAAAAAAAAAGUAUGUCUAUCUAUCUAUACCAUGUGACCCUAUCGAUUACGUUACAUAACAGUGACGUUUUUUUUUUUUUUUUUUU